AUGGUAGCACAACUUCCAAAAGACGUUGGGAAGCUGAGCAGCUUGCGCGUGUUGAUCAUCCAUCGCCGUGGCCUAGACCGCCACCGUCGCCCCCAAUCGCCCGCCAGUUCUUCUCCCGCGGGCAUUUCGCCCGUCAGAUCUGCUCCCGCGGGCAUUUCGCCCGUCAGUUCUGCUCCCGCGGGCAUUUCGCCCGUCACUUCUGCUCCCGCGGGCAUUUCGCCCGUCAGUUCUGCUCCCGCGGGCAUUUCGCCCGUCACUUCUGCUCCCGCGGGCAUUUCGCCCGUCACUUCUGCUCCCGCGGGCAUUUCGCCCGUCACUUCUGCUCCCGCGGGCAUUUCGCCCGUCACUUCUGCUCCCGCGGGCAUUUCGCCCGUCACUUCUGCUCCCGCGGGCAUUUCGCCCGUCAGUUCUGCUCCUGCGGGCAUUUCGCCCGUCAGAUCUGCUCCCGCGGGCAUUUCGCCCGUCCGUUCUGCUCCCGCGGGCAUUUCGCCCGUCAGUUCUGCUCCCGCGGGCAUUUCGCCCGUCAGAUCUGCUCCCGCGGGCAUUUCGCCCGUCCGUUCUGCUCCCGCGGGCAUUUCGCCCGUCAGUUCUGCUCCCGCGGGCAUUUCGCCCGUCACUUCUGCUCCCGCGGGCAUUUCGCCCGUCACUUCUGCUCCCGCGCGCAUUUCGCCCGUCACUUCUGCUCCCGCGGGCAUUUCGCCCCAGCAGCAGCCGAACCAGCCGCAGCAGCAGCAGCAGCAGCAGCUGCAUCCCCCCUUCCCCCUCUCCCUCCUCCUCUCCCUCUCCCCCCCUCAGCAGCAGCAGCAGCCGAACAAGCAGCAGCAGCGGCAGCACCAGCCGCAGCAGCAGCAGCAGCACCAGCAGCAGCAGCAGCAGCGGCAGCAGCAGCUGCACCCUCCCUUCCCCCUCUCCCUCCUCCUCUCCCUCUCCCCCCCUCCUCCUCAGCAGCAGCGUGAGCCUAACCUGGGCGUGGCCGAUACCACCGAGCUUCAAGCCGCUGCUGACGCCACCUUCCUCCACGACCGCCGCGAGUACCUUAUCCGCAAAGCCGACCAUGAGGUUGCUGUACUCAACUACGAGUUUGUGACGUCGGAGCGUGCCACUCGCCUGGCGCUGAUUGCAGAGUACAACACCUCCAUGGCGACUUACGUCCCCAACAGCAUCGCCUGGGCCGCUGCCGACAACCGCGCCUGCACCAUCCUCCUCGGUGCCCUCCCUGACGCCCUCAUGCACCGCUUCCAAGCUCGUGAAAUGCGAGCUCACCUCAUCUGGACCGAGCUCCAGUCUAUGUUCGAGCGCCGCGACAUCAGCUCCGAGGUCGCUGAUCACCUUGCCGCUCGACAGGCUGCCCUCUCCGAGCCCCUGCAGAUUCAUCGUCUGCUCUUCAAUCUCACGCCGGACUACGAGUCCCGCCUGCACGCCUUCACCGAGGCUAACCCCUUGGCUGGCCUCACCGAGGUGACUCAGUGGAUCAUUGACACUGAAGUCAAGCUCCGCACCCCCAUUGUCAACCUCACCACCACUCCUUCCUCCUCCACCUCCCUCAAUUCCACGCAGCCGCGCAACCCGGGUGGUCGCAACGGCGGUGGAGGAGGUCGUGGAGGGGGCGGGGGUGGUGGUGGUGGUCGGGGUGGUGGCGGUGGUGGCCGUGGUGGCCGUGGCCGUGGUGGUGGUGGUCCUGGUGGUACCACUCCUGGAGGUCCCUCGGGUGCCGGCCAGCAGCAGCAGCAACAGCAGCAGCAGCGACAGCAGCCGGGUCUGCAGCAGGGGCAGCAGCAGCAGCUGGGUCAGCAGCGAGGGCAGCAGCAGCAACAGCAGCAGCCGGGUCACCAGCAGCAGCAGCAGCAGCAGCAGCAGCAGCAGCAGCAGCAGCAGCAGCAGCAGCAGCAGCAGCAGCAGCAGCAUCAGCAGCAGCAGCAGCAGCAGCAGCAGCAGCAGCAGCAGCAGCAGCAGCAGCAGCAGCAGCAGCAGCAGCAGCAACAGCAGCAGCAGCAGGGGCAGCAGCAGCAGCAGCAGCGGCAGCAACACCGAGCAACUUCCCGCUCCUCCCCUUUCUUCCCCCUGUCCUCCUCUCUCCCCCCUGUCCUCCUCUCUCCCCCCUGUCCUCCUCUCCCCCCCCUGUCCUCCUCUCUACCCCCUGUCCUCCUCUCUCCCCUCUGUCCUCCUCUCUCCCCCCUGUCCUCCUCUCCCCCCCCUGUCCUCCUCUACCCCCCCCUGUCCUCCUCUACCCCCCCCUGUCCUCCUCUCUCCCCCCUGUCCUCCUCUCCCCCCCCUGUCCUCCUCUACCCCCCCCUGUCCUCCUCUACCCCCCCCUGUCCUCCUCUCUCCCCCCUGUCCUCCUCCCCCCCCCCCCUGUCCUCCUCUCUCCCUCCUGUCCUCCUAUCCCCCCCCUGUCCUCCUCUCCCCCCCCUGUCCUCCUCUCUCCCUCCUGUCCUCCUAUCCCCCCCAUGUUCUCCUCUCUCCCCCCUUUUAUCAUCCCUUCCUCACUCCUCAUCCCUCGUUUGGGCCUUUGAGGUGCUGAAAACAGGAGCAAGCGGAGGCGGCAUGUCCAUGCAGGUCGUCUGGGCCUCUGUCAUGCUUGCCUGGGAUGGUGCGGGGUGA